GGGAACUGGUGAACUCAAGCAUUCCCUUAUAUUGAUGGAGAAAUGAAACCAAGGUUAUCCAGAUGUUUUCCCAGUUGAAAGUACUGUCAGCUGUGAGAGACCCUCGGAUUGACUGUGAGCUGCUGGCGUGCUCACCAAAAAGAAGACAAAUCUCUGGAGCCAGGGUGAACAGCCAGCCUGCCCCUGAGGGAUACAGCUUGGUGUGAAAGUCCCGGUCCUGCCGUCACUAGUCAACUAAGUAACUAAAUAACAUUUUCUGGCAUAAAAGGAAAAAGGGAUGGGAAAGAAAUUUCUAGAUGCAGAUAGCAGAGCAUGAGGGGAGUGGGUCUGAAGCGAGCCCCAGCAUGAUGCCUGGGGCUCUUCCGGAGUCUCCAUCUGCCCCUCAAAAGACCCCAGCGUUUGAUCUUUUCAACUUGGUUCUGUCCUACAAGAGGCUGGAGAUCUACUUGGAACCUCUGAAGGAUGCAGGAGAUGGUGUUCGAUACUUGCUCAGAUGGCAGACACCGUUGUGUUCCUUGCUGACCUGCCUGAGCCUCAACAUUUUGUUCCUCACCUUGAAUGAGGGUGCCUGGUACUCGGUGGGUGCCUUGAUGAUUUCAGUGCCCGCCCUGCUGGGCUACCUUCAGGAGGUUUGUCGGGCACGGCUGCCGGAGUCUGAGCUGAUACGAAGGAAGUAUCACAGUGUAAGGCAGGAAGACCUGCAGAAAGUUCGCCUUUCCCGCCCUGAGGCCAUGAGUGAGGUGAAGAGCUUCUUGAUUCAGUUGGAGGCCUUUUUGACCCGCUUGUGCUGCACCUGUGAAGCUGCCUACCGUGUGCUGUACUGGGAAAACCCUGUGGUGUCCUCACAGUUCUAUGGAGCGCUUCUGGGCACAGUUUGCAUGCUGUAUCUGCUGCCACUCUGCUGGGUACUGACCCUGUUAAAUAGCACACUCUUUCUGGGGAAUGUGGAGUUCUUUAGAGUGGUGUCUGAGUACAGGGCAUCUCUGCAGCGGCGGAUGAACCCUAAACAGGAAGAGUGUACCUUUGAGAGCCCGCUACUAUUGGAUGCUGGGGGGAAGGGUUCCCUGCUGGACAGCACACCUGCUCCCACGCCCACUGAGGACCUCACCCCAGGCAGUGUGGAGGAGGCAGAGGAGGCUGAGCCAGAUGAAGAAUUCAAAGAUGCCAUUGAGGAGACCCACUUGGUGGUGCUGGAGGACGAUGAAGGCACCCCUUGCCCGGCAGAGGAUGAGCUGGCUCUACAGGACAAUGGAUUCCUGAGCAAAAAUGAGGUGUUGCGCAUCAAGGUGUCACGACUCACAGAACGACUCCGAAAACGUUAUCCUACCAACAACUUUGGGAACUGUACAGGCUGCUCUUCCACUUUCUCAGUGCUGAAGAAGCGGCGGAGCUGCAGUAACUGUGGGAACAGCUUCUGCUCGCGGUGCUGCUCCUUCAAGGUGCCCAAGUCCUCCAUGGGGGCCACAGCCCCUGAAGCGCAAAGAGAGACUGUGUUUGUGUGCGCCUCAUGUAACCAGACAUUGAGCAAGUGAGAAGAAAGGCCAGGCUCCAAUCGGAAGCAGUCCCGGGGCCAACAGUACACCCCUUCUCCCCUGUGACUUGUGCUGGGCACAUCUGGCCUGACCAUUCAGUAGGCUUCCCCUUCCUCCCCCUGUGUGCCACUCUGGUCCGAGCUGAGGGAGAGGUAUCCCAAAGGGCCUGUGUGUUUUGCUCUGCCCUGGGUUAGUGAAGUGAAGUUGGCUGGACAUGGAGCUAGGCCUGGCUCACCUGAGCUGUGAUGAUUGGGACCAAUGUGGCCAGGCCUAGAGUUCCCAGGAGACCGGAGCUUGGGAAAAGUUCUUCCUCAGAGCACCAGCAAGACAGCGUAAGAAAGCUCCAUUGCAGAGUGGACUAAGAAUCUCAGCCUGUGUGUUGCCCUGGUGUCCCUGUCUCCACCUUGGCAGCUGAGGGACCUGCAAGUGCAGGGAAACCUUCCUGUGAUCUGGUGCCACUUCUCCCUUCUCUGUCCUUUGUCCCAUGCGGGGUGAGGUCAGAUAAGCAGAGCAGAGGUCCAGAAGCUCUUGAUCUUUAGGUUCCUGGGAAGCGUAGGAUGUCACUUGGCUGGGUCCUAGACUGCAAGACUUCUUUGGGGUCCCCUUGGUCUCCAUCUUUCUGAUAAUUUCAUAUUUCCUUUGGAUGCUGAGGGUCUAGUGUCUUUCCCAACGCCAUGAGCUGGCUCAGCACCCACCCCUAGCUGCCCUGCCUUUUCAAAAUAUUUAUUUUAUUUAUUUGAUGGUUCCUGGGAACAUAUACAGCACAGGGGACUGGGGUGAAGCAUAUGAGGGUCUUCUGCCUAGGACUCUUUCCUGGGGUCAUAGGCUGCCUGGAACCUCAAGGCGUAAGUGGCUGAGGUGUUUUCACCCCCUAAGCAUGGACUAGAGGCAGUAUGGGGACAAGUGGCCACUCUAGGCCUGCUUUCUUGCCAGGCUAAGCUAUUUGGUGAGGGCUUGGCAACUGGGCCCUGAAGGCACCAGGCUUAGGGGAAUCAGGCAGGCUUCUGGAUCCCCACUUUGCCUUGUUAGGAGAUGAGGGUUAAGUUUUUUAUGCUUAUUUACACUGGGGAGUGAAAGGAUCUCUGUGUAUGGAAAAUUACCAAUAAAAAAUUCCCAGCUCUUA